AUGAACAAUUACUACAAAUGUUGUGCUGAUGUGACAGGUCGGCUGGUGAUGUUUCGAGAGAAUUCAUUCCAGGAAGUGUUGUCAGCAUCAUUGUCGUGGGAGACGUUUGAGCAGUUCUGCCUGUGGCAGCUGGUUACUGCUCAUGGUAUACCCAUCGACUACGUUAUGCCCAUCCUUCCACGGCUCGACCACGACAACCACGCUGAGGCGCUUACCGCCAUCCUGCUCAUGCUCAAGCAUGAAAAGUAG